CUCUCUCCGUCAUUUUGUUUUUUUUCUGGUUGGUUGUGUUUAUGCUUAAUCAGUGUGAAUGGGCGCUGUAUAAAAUGAUAAAAAAAAUAAUGAAAAAAAGGCGAAGCCUCAAAUUGAAAUAGAGGUACCGCCAUCUGAGUCUUGGAGGGGAGGAAGAACUCAGUUAGGCUUGCUAGGGUUUCGCAGGUCCUCUUUCCUUAUCCUAUGUCUCCAUAACGGAAUUCUUGGGUGGCCUGGAGAUGGAGCCCGUUGGAAUCGGAUCGCUCGUCGAUAAGAUCAAGUUCGCGAAAGCUAGCGAGGAGUUCGCGAAGGGCGCGAUCCACAACAACUCCGAUACCUCCAACCAAAACCCAACUGGGAUAUUGAAGCAUUUGCAACGAGAAGCAUUUUUUGACUUAAUGAAGCUAACGGACAGGCAGGACAAAGUUGAACUCAUGCUUUGUGUCUAUAAAUUUAGUGGCACAGGCUCUCCCAUUUCAAGGGAGAUGGUAGAUUCUGUCUCAUUUGAAUCCAUUGCUUUGAUGCUAGAUUCGGAGUUCGAUGAAAGUACCAGACUUUGCUGUUGGACUGUGGUUCAAAAAUCUAGCCAUAAUUUAUCUGAUAACCCAGAUGUUGUGCUAGGAUUUGGUUUGAGAUUGGAAACGAUCGUUAAAGGACAUUUAUAUUAGUUUCAAUUGGAAGGAUUUUUUAAAUUUCAUUCUUGCCAGGAGCCUUAGCUUGCAACCAGGUCUUGUAUAUGUGGAGGGGAUGGUCUGAUCUCCUGCUCUGGUGUUUCGGUCAAGUUGGGUUAAGUGAUUUUGUCAGAACCUUGUGAUCAUCACCCAAGAUAUAUGCUGGAAAGUGGUGACCCCAGUUUGAUGAAGAAAAUUUCUUUCACACCAGGUACUGAUGGAAAUGGUAAAGCUUGGCUUUCAGGAUGCUAAUUCAAGUGAAAAAGGAGUUGGGUUCAUCAAAGCUAUUUUGUCUGUUGUAACUUGAAUCUGACUGGACCACCUUAUAUUUUUCUUUUUAAUUUUUAGAUACAACUUUCAUAGUAGGUUUGUUGGCUAAA